CAAAUAUUUUUAUUAAUAUAAAACUAUAACGUAAUAUAUUUACAUAAUUAUAACAAUAAUUCAAUUAAUGACAAAUAUUAUAAAAACACAGAGCUGACAUGUAAAUAAAUUGUUUAUAAAAAAUUCAAUCUACUAGAAUGUCAGAAAUGUGUAAAAAGUUCUUCUUAAUUAAUAUUAGAAGAAACAAUGUACCCAGUGUUCGAAACCAUUGCUAUCUUCAUGUUUUCUUCUCAUGAUGAAACAAAACGGUUUUUCAAAUAGUGGAGCUCACUUCUGUUUGCAUUGUUAUCACCUCUUAUCAGCAGCAAGAACUGACUUUAACCUUCUUAAAACACGUGGUUCGUGGAUAAGAUACUGCAAAAUUUUCUCCCAAAGCAUUUGAAUUUAUGAGUGAAAUUAUAACUAGUUGAACAAUGUCCAAAAUUAUUAAAAUAAGACAUAAUUUUUAAAAUGGAUAGCAAAUUAUUAAAUUAAAAACCUUUCAUGUAUGUAACCUCUAGAUAAUUUGUCAAUGUAUAAAUUUAUUCUUUCGAAAGCAGUUAUAGAAUGUUAUUUAUAGCAUGUAAAGUUAUAAAAAUGAAUUAAAUUUUUGGUCAACAAAGGUUAUACAAAUUAUGUAGCUAUUUUUGAGCUGUGUCAAAGGUAAGUAUAAUUGCUGAUAGUUAACCAGUUCCCGCCUUGUGAGCUAUAGUUGAAACACUGCUGUUUUGUUAAAUGGCUGCUCUUUUUGAUUCCUUGAGCAGCUAAAUUCCUUUUAUCUUUUAUAUUUUCAGUUGUAAUAUCCUUUAUUCCAUUCUUUAUGAAUCCCGUCUUACGUUAAGUGGCCUAUGAUUUUUUUUUUUUUUUUAUUUGUACUCGUCUAGACAUUAAUUAUGAGGAUGAAUCUGAGGGCAACCUUGACAAAACGGUCUAAUUAUUAACCAUUGAUAUGCCUGCAAUGGCAACACCUUUCAUCGUCCCUAAAGUAGCUCUGACAAGUAGUUCUAUAGUUUCUGAAAUCGAACCUCAGUCAUCGAUUGCUCAGCAUGCGUCUACCUCAUCUAAUGCCUUUGGAUGCAAUACUUGGUGCAAAAUGUGUGACGUUCAUCUUCCUACUAAAGCAGUGCCUAGUCCUAAGCGAUAUUAUGGUGCCGAUAACUUUUGUUCCACUGAACCGUUGUAUAACUUCGAUCACUCACAAGUUGAAUUUGAAGCUGUGAAAAGGACUGGGUUCAAAAGUGAUAAAGUGUCUAGGGAAUCAGGAAAGGCUCAGAAAUUGUCCAAAGUUUCUGCUUGUUCUGAUAACUUUAGAAAGACUAGUAACCCCAAAAGUACCUUACCUGAAAGGGCUCAUCAUGAAAAUUAUUUGAAGGAAGUUGAAGCUCUUAGAGGAAAACUUAGAGAACUUAAAGGAACUGCCACUGCACCUGUACAACAUCGAAGGCUUCCUGAAAUCCCCAGAGAAGUGUCCUCCAAUUCACAAAGUAGGCAAGUUCGACAAUCUGUUGUAAAUAAACUCCAUCAAAUACUGGAUACAAAUAAAAGCCUUCCAACUAGUGAAACUAAAAGAAAUAGAGAAAUAAGUGAUUCCGAUUGUAGCAUUCCAUCUGGAACCGUAUACACUACUCCUAAGCGACCUAGAGAUGUUUCACCAAAGGAUAUUGUUAACCACUUUCCUGAAAAGUCAAACCCUUCACCCCUUCCACCUAAGAAAGAAGUUUGGAAUGAGGUCCUCAAUGAUGAUGUUCAUUCUAAAGUAGUAGAUUCUUCCUGUGAUAGUGACGAUGAUGAAGACUGGUACCUGGAAGGAAAAACAACUAAUGAUCUCGAGAAAAAGCUUUCUUCAGAUGGCUGCACUCUGACAACAUUACAACAAGCCUUCCUUCACUAUCCUGCUCAUAUAGCUCCUCGUAGUGAUUUGGUAAAAUAUUCAAGUAUUAAAGCGGAAGAUAAAAAAGUACACCCAUGUUUGAGGCCUAGUCUGUUCGCCAAUACUCCGCCUUACAUACGUUUUGCAACAGAAACAACCAAAGCGGAUAAGCCAUUUCCAGUAAUCAUUCAGCGAACAUUGAAAUGGAAGCUGACUACUGUUACCCCUAUAAUUGUUAAGAAAAUUAUUCAAAAUUCUGGUUACAAGUUUAUAAGAAGAACCCCAGAUUGGGUCGGGAUUUGGGGAAAACACAUGAAAUCAGUCGUUUUUAGAACUCUUAAAGAAAAUCAGAAGCUGAAUCAUUUUCCUGGUACGUUUCAAAUUGGACGAAAAGACCGCUUAUGGAGAAAUUUACAACGCCAUAUGUCUAAGCAUGGAAAAAAAGAGUUUGGUUUUAUGCCACGUACUUAUGUUUUACCACAAGAUAUUAAAUCGCUGCGUGCUUCAUGGGACAAGCAGGAUAAUACUCGGUGGAUUGUCAAACCGCCAGCUUCUGCCAGAGGGUCUGGGAUCAAAGUCGUGAACAAAUGGGUUGAUAUUCCAAAGAAAAUACCUUUAAUUGUUCAAAAAUAUAUUUCCAAUCCUUAUUUAAUUAAUGGUAAUAAAUUUGAUCUUCGGCUGUACGUCCUGGUUACUAGUUUCGAUCCCCUUCGAAUAUACAUUUAUGAUAACGGUUUAGUGAGAUUUGCAUCAGCACGGUAUACUGAUGAUUUAAAGACGCUUAACGAUCGCUACAUUCAUUUAACAAACUAUAGCAUCAACAAAUUUAGCCAGUCUUAUUCAUUAAAUGAAGAUGCUGGUGCCUGUACUGGCCAUAAAUGGACUUUAAGAUCCCUUUGGUCAUUUUUGGAUGGAACGAUAAACAUAGAUGCCUUAUGGUCAAGCCUUAUUGAUUUAGUGAUAAAAACAAUGAUAAGCGGGGAGAACCCUAUCUCUCAAAUGUCGAGGGUCAAUUUGACUUCUCGUUAUUGUUCCUAUGAACUUUUUGGUGUCGAUGUACUUCUUGAUGAGAAUUUGAAGCCGUGGUUGUUAGAGGUUAAUAUAUCUCCAUCUUUACACUCAGGUUCAACGCUGGAUACAGCAGUCAAAGGCCCUUUAGUUACAAAUAUUUUCAAUCUCGUUGGUUACCAUAUUCCUAAUACGCUUAGUCAAGCUCAAGAAGUGGAAGCUUCAGCUAAAAUGGGCAUUCGAGGGCCUUUAUGCAUAGAUCAUAGAAUGUAUAUGAUAGGCCUUUCCCAAAAAGAAAAGGACAAACAUGCUCAUUUUUCAUCUUUGGAAGACCGUGAAAUGUACCUAGAUAGUAUUCUUGAAGAUUUAACCCCAGAUGAUGUGCGCCAUCUCGUUCAGUAUGAAGAUGAGCUGACCCAGACAGGAAACUUUCAGAGGAUUUUUCCAACUUCGAAAACAUUUCCAUACCACAAAUUUCUCGAAGGAGAGUGUUAUUACAAUCGGCUUAUGGACGCAUGGGAGUACAAGUACAGCAGGAGAAGGGAAGAAGGUAUAGAUGUGUUGAGGUCAUUAUGCGUACGAGAAGUGCAUUUGGAUGUUAGGGAUGUUGAACCUCGUUCGGCCAAUGUCUGCUUGACGGAAACCUCUUCGUUUGAAUUAGUACCUGUCAAAAAGAGUGAUAGUGGGAGUGGUAGCGACACAGCUAAGAAAAGUUUUGACCCAGAACACAGCCAUCUAAUGUACGCAGGAUCAAUCAACUCAAUCAAUCAACUUGAGAAAAUGAAUCUUUACAGAAAAAAUCCCAUAAACAUAUUAAAACUAUGAACAGGAUGUAUUGGCAACUGCUUCUUAACCUUGCCCUUGGCGAUAAAGUUGUUCGGCAUUAUAACUCAAAUGCUGUUAUACUUGAAGAGAAUUGUUCACUUGUGGCAUUGUAAUUGUAAUAAAAGUGUGCUUAAUCUGGCAGUA